AUGUCAAUGCCAGAUGGCAACACUGCCACAUCAGACGUGGAACCCUCCUCCCACACGUAUUUGUUUCACACCCAGUUCUUGAAUCCGAUUUGGGGCUCAUUUGAAUCGGUGAAUUGCAAGGAGAAUGUGAAUUUGACCAUUCAUGUGGUUAAAGAGCUAGUGGGUAUGAAGUUAUUGAAAUAUAAUGCGAAAGCUCUCUGUAUUGGAGAAGGGUCGGCCGCGACUGUGUUGACAUUGCAAGAUUUGGGGUUCUCCAAUGCUGGUGGUGUUUAUAGGCACCGCUUUUUCUCGCUUAAGCGUAAGCAGUUUGUUCACGAGCUCGAUUUCGCGGACAAUUCAUUCGAUUUCGUGUUGUCCAGGGAUGUCGAUAAGGUUUCUGUCCUUGCAUUGUUCGUGCUUGAGAUUGAGCGCGUUCUUAGCCUGGGUGGCACUGGUGCCAUGCUUGUGGAAGGCGUUAGCGGUUCAUUCCCUAACAGCUUGAUUAGGUCUGCCACCCCGGUUUCAUCGUUGCUGAAAAGCUCCAAUGUUGUGCACGUUGGUUAUGUGCAAAACUUUACUCUGUUUGUCUUCAAGAACAAUAUAUAUAUAGAAUCAUAG